AUGUACCGAGGGUCCCAGUCUCCUGCUUGCAAUCCAUUUUUAGGCUCAGCCGCAUUCCAGCCGGUUGUCCGCCCGGACAGAUUGGCAAAAGGCGGCCCAGCAACCCACCAACUCGGCAACCCGGCAACCCGGCAACCUGGCCAUCAGACGGGCCGGUACAGCGAACAGCGAACACAUCCACCUCGACAACGGGCCGAAGAAGCCGGAGCUGCGGCCCUCAUGCGUCCGCGAUCAAGUGCAUACAGCAGUACACAGCCUCAACUACAAACAAAUAUAUAUACAGACACAGACGAACAGAUAUACACACAGACAGACGGCCUGGACGGUCUACCCCGGGGCCAACAAUAUGCUGCCACAUGCUGCGACGGGCAUAGUGGCAUGCCAUCAACGCAGGGUUAG